AAAUUCCAGUGUGGAAGUUGGCAUAAGUAGCCCUGAAAAAAUGCAAUUUGUACAGAAGAUGUUUAAAUGCCACCCUGAGGAGGUGAUGUCCAUUAGAACCACUAACAGGGAGUACUUUCUCAUUGGCCAUGACAGGGAGAAGAUUAAAGACUGGGUCUCCUUCAUGUCAUCAUCUUGCCGGGAUAUAAAAGCAGCACGUCAGAUCACAGAGGAGAGUCUCUCACUGGGUGAUAAACGGCGCACUUCAGACCCCAGCCCUUUCCUCGUUCCUUCCGGUAUACCAAAGGCCGUUAGCUCCACCUCAUCAAGAACCAGUCUUCCAAACAUGCAUUUCAUGGAAAAAAGUUCUCCAGGAUUCAGGCAAUCUUAUCUCCCACAAGAUUUCUCUUCAGAGACCACUCAGGAUAAAGAAGACGAGAAUUAUUAUAUCAGCCCCCGGAGUAUUCUUUUAGAGUUGGGUAAUAUUGAUUCCAAUGAUUCUGGUGAAUCCAUUGAACCUGAUAGUCCAGACAAGGUCUUCAAAAGAACUGAGCUUCCUUAUGUGUCAAUGAAAUCCUUUGUUUUCAAAGAGACACCUGACCAGUCUGCUGAGAGCAAAGAGGAAUCCCAGGCCCUUCCCAAAACCCAAGAUGAGGGGCUUCACCUGCAAGAACAAGGCUCAGAAAAUGACUCGGGUCUUUCACCUGCCAAUUCAGAAGCACAGACCACGAAUGACAAAAAGGGGUCGGCCUCACUAACUGUUGUGCAAUUGUCUAUAUUAAUCAAUAACAUCCCUGAUGAAUGCCAAGUGGAGAAACUGGACGUGUUCCUUUCUCCUUCUGACAUCAUAAAUUACCUUGCUCUCAUAGAAGCUGCAGGACGGAUAUGUGUGGCCCAGUGGGUAGGCCCCCCUCGCCUGGGGUGCUUAUUUUGCCAUGGAGAUCACCUUUUGGCUGUGAAUGAUCUGAGGCCCCAGAGCUUGGAGGAGGUCUCCUUGUUUCUCAGCCGGUCCAUCCAAAAGGAGAAAGUAAAACUCACCAUCGGCCGGAUUCCAAAUUCAAAGAAAUUCCAUGCUAUCACCUGUGUGUGCCCAUUAAAAUACCAGGAUGAUGCACCCUUUCAUCUGGACAACCCUGGACCAGAGAGGGCACCAAAGAGGAGUCCAGCCAUUAGAAGGGGCCAGGAGAAAAGAAGUGGAGAGUAACAUGCCAAGGACCCAUCACAGCUGAGCAAGGAUGGAGACCUCAACCCUGUACCAGGCUCUGCAUCUCACUGCUGUAUGACAUAGGCACACCUCUCUGAAUCUCUGGGCAACUCCAUCCUGACAGUGGGUUCACCAUUCCCUCUCUGGCUCUUGUGUUAGGGAGGUUGAAAGGGUUAAGUGGGAUAUUGACUAUAGAAUAGAGUGAUGUAAGGCCUUAUUAUCUCAGACAUUGUCCCAAACACCACAAACAUAAAUUGGGUAAAUCCCUCAUCUAAAAUGCAUAGUGUGUUCUGUUGAGGUCGUGGUCCACACAAUCCCUUCUUUGUUAGAGAAUCUACAGUUGAAAAUACUCGUUCCAGAAAGACAGAUUCCCAAGAGAGAUGUGAUACCGUAUGGCCCUUCCCAAGCACCUUCUACCCCAUCAUCCCCAUGUCCACAAAGCUGAGACCGAGUGGGCUCUUGAAUUCAGUAUUUAUCUUGUUUUUUCUUAAGGACCCAGUAACUAGAAGUCAAAGCAGUUCGAGUCACAUCCAGCAAAGAUUUGCUUGUUCUACAAGUAAUGAGGGAACUACUUAGCACUUCUAAGUUUGAUAGUUCUUUAAAUGCAUUAACUAAUUGAUCCUGAAAGGCUAAGAGAAUAAAACGUUUUCCUCAUAAAUAGGAAAAAUAAGGUAGAGAGCUAAAGCACUAAUUAUAUCAGGGAAUGUAAGAGCAAAAGCAGGAAAUCAUAUUUUAACAUGUCCUCAUUUUUCACGGGAAGAAAUUAAGGCCUUGAAAAAUGGAUGAUAAGGCUUACUUUGUGGCUCCAACUUUCAUAGCUAUUUUGUGGCAGAACCAAGAAUCUGAAACCAACUCUGAGAAACAGAU